CAGGCGGUUACGAAUAGUGAAAAGUAUUAAACUGGUUAAAAAGAGUGUUUUUAAAUUUAAUACGCUGCAUGACGAAUGUGUAUACACGUGUUAGAUAAACAUGACUUUUAAGUUCGGAAUUAAAUUUUGAACUGCGUAUUUCAAUUGGAAUAAAUUUUUGCACGGUUUGUAAUGUGACGCACUCCCGUCGUACAUGUCCACUGCAAGUUAUUGACUCGACAAAUGAUUUGCUAUUCGUAACAUUUAUUUGCAAUAAACACAAUGACGUCUAUAAAAAUGUUACCUUUGUUAGAAGGGGCAAAUUUAAUUGUCCUUGAUGAAGGAGUGGAUGUAAUGUAUGCAAGAAAAUUGAUUGCAGGAUGGAUACAAAUGAGAAAAGUCAAAGAUCCUAAUCACACCUUUGAUUUGUUAUUAUUUUCUGGUCCAAAAUCUUCAUACCAAAGUGAACCUGGACCUUUCUUGUCAAACAGUGUAAAUAUUUAUGAUUAUUAUACAGUUGACAUAAACGAACUUGAUAUUAAUAUUAUUUACAAGAAAGAUUUUCAUAGUCUAGAACAUAUUUUAAAAUCUGUAAGUGUAAAAUCUACAGUAAUAAUUGAUUGUUUGUCAUCUUUGAUGUUAUUUAUUGGUAUGUCAAAGGCCUUAUGGUUUUUGGAAAAGUUAAGUACACAAGUGCCACAAGUAAUAUGUAUUUAUAGGCAAGAUUUUGUAAAGAAUAAAUUAGCAUGCAUUGAAACACUGGGCACUACACAUGUGAAGAUACAAAAGUUUUCUGACAUACAAAUAAACAAGGGUCUCCAUUACAUGGUAGAAUUUGUACACCGUAAAGUAGGUGGGGGAGUUUUGAGGCAACAAGAGUUAGUGAAUCAAAGUAUUACAUCUUAUGAAAUUCAAUCAGAAAAAUUUGAACAAGAUAAAAAGUCAGAGUUUGCAUAUGAAAAUUAUAAACAAAAAAUUGAGUCUUCAUUCAGGAUAGAAAUAAAUGAGAAAGAAAUGAAACAGAAACAGGAAACAGUAUUACCAUACUUAAUUAACACAAAUGUAGUAAAUACAUCUAAAAUUCAUUAUCAACCGGAAGACAUGGAUGAUUUUGAUGAGGAAGAUCCAGAUGAUGACUUAUGUUUCUAA